AUGGAGCGGCGGCUGCGGGAGCUGGAGCGGCUGGCGCGGGGCGAGGCCGGCGGCGGCCCGGGGCUCGACGGCCUCCUGGACCUGCUGCUGGGGCUGCACCACGAGCUCAGCAGCCCCCUGCGGCGGGAGCGCAACGUGGCGCAGUUCCUGAACUGGGCCAGCCCCUUCGUGAAGAAGGUGAAAGAGUUGCGGCUGCAAAGAGAUGACUUUGAGAUCCUGAAGGUCAUCGGCCGAGGGGCCUUCGGGGAGGUCGCCGUGGUGAGGCAGAGGGACAGCGGGCAGAUUUUUGCCAUGAAAAUGCUGCACAAAUGGGAGAUGCUGAAGAGAGCAGAGACGGCCUGUUUCCGGGAGGAGCGGGACGUUCUGGUGAAGGGGGACAGCCGCUGGGUGACGGCUCUGCAUUACGCCUUCCAAGACGAGGAGUACCUGUACCUGGUGAUGGACUACUAUGCUGGGGGGGACCUCCUCACCCUGCUGAGUCGCUUCGAGGACCGCCUCCCGCCUGAGCUGGCCCAGUUCUACCUGGCCGAGAUGGUGCUGGCCAUCCACUCACUGCACCAGCUGGGCUAUGUCCACAGGGACGUGAAGCCAGACAACGUCCUGCUCGACAUGAACGGGCACGUCCGCCUGGCCGACUUCGGCUCCUGCCUGCGUCUCAACAACAGUGGCAUGGUGGACUCGUCGGUGGCAGUGGGGACGCCGGACUACAUCUCCCCUGAGAUCCUGCAGGCCAUGGAGGAAGGCAAGGGCCACUACGGGCCGCAGUGCGACUGGUGGUCGCUGGGAGUCUGCGCCUACGAGCUGCUCUUCGGGGAGACGCCCUUCUACGCCGAGUCCCUGGUGGAAACCUACGGCAAGAUCAUGAACCACGAGGACCACCUGCAGUUCCCCCCCGACGUGCCAGAAGUGCCGGCCAGUGCCCAGGACCUGAUCCGCCAGCUGCUGUGCCGCCAGGAGGACCGUCUGGGCCGCGGGGGGCUGGACGACUUCCGGAAGCACCCCUUCUUUGAAGGCGUGGACUGGGAGCGGCUGGCAACCAGCACUGCCCCCUACAUCCCUGAGCUCCGUGGGCCCGUGGACACGUCCAACUUCGAUGUGGACGAGGACACGCUCAACCAUCCAGGGACCCUGCCUCCGCCAUCCCAUGGGCCCUUCUCAGGCCACCAACUGCCAUUUGUGGGCUUCACCUACACAUCAGGCAGUCCAGGCUCUGAGAGCAGCUCCAAGCAGGUAGCUGCCCUGGAGCAGAAGCUCCAUCGUCUGGAGCAAGAGAAGGCAGAGCUGAGCAGGAGGCUACAAGACGCCCAGCAGACCCCCUCAGAUCCUCGGGAGCUGGAACGGCUACGGAAGGAAGUGCAGACUCUACAGGACAAGCUGUCAGGGGCGCUGAGGGACGGCAUCGCACCCUCGUCCCAGUCGGAGGGGACCCCUGCUGGCAGCCCAGGCCAGGACACUGACCUGCGGCAGGACAGAGACCGACUCUUCCAGGAGCUGGCCGAGGCUCGGGCCGGGCUGCAGGCGCAGGAACAGGAGCUCUGCAAAGCCCGGGCGCACCAGAAGGAGCUGCUGCACAGGCUGCAGGAGGCCCAGGAGAGGGAGGCGGCCACAGUCGGCCAGACGCAGGCCCUGAGCUCCCAGUUGGAGGAAGCACAAGGUGCCCGGAGGGAGCUGCAAGCCCAGGUGGCCACCCUGAACCGGGAGUUGAUGCGGCUCCAGAAACAGCGGGAUCGAAACCUUCAGAGGGAGUCGGCCCCGGUCAAGACCGUCCAUACCACCUCCGAGACGAAUGGCGUGGGGUCGCCAGAGGCCGGGCCUCAGGAGGCGCAACUGAGGAAGGAGGUGGCCGCCCUGCGGGUGCAGCUGGAGCAGGCCCGCAGUCACGGGUCCAGCGGGAAAGAGGAGGCUCUGAGCCGGCUACAGGAGGAGAACCGGAGGCUGAGCCAGGAGCAGGAGCGGCUGGUGGAGGAGCUGGAGCGGGAACAGCAGAGCAAGCAGCGGCUGGAGGGCGAGCGGCGGGAGACAGAGAGCAACUGGGAGGCCCAGAUUGCUGACAUCCUCAACUGGGUGAAUGAUGAGAAGGUCUCCAGAGGCUACCUGCAGGCCCUGGCCACCAAGAUGGCUGAGGAGUUGGAGUCCCUGCGGAACGUAGGCACCCAGACGCUCCCUGCCCGGCCACUGGACCACCAGUGGAAGGCCCGGCGGCUGCAGAAGAUGGAGGCCUCGGCCAGGCUGGAGCUGCAGUCGGCCCUGGAGGCCGAGAUCCGGGCCAAGCAGGGCCUGCAGGAGAGGCUGACGCAGGUGCAGGAGGCCCAGCUGCAGGCCGAGAGCCGUCUUCAAGAGGCGGAGAAGCAGAACCAGGGCCUGAGGCAGGAGCUCGCGACACUGAAGGAGGAACUGCACGCGAGGGCGUCCGGGGACACCAAGCCCUCCAACUCCCUGAUUACCUUCCUGUCCUUCCGGAGCUCAGAGAAGGAUUCCACCAAGGACCCUGGCGUCUCAGGAGAGGCCCUGAGGCCCGGGAUGGAGCCAGAGCUGAGGCCGGAGGGCCGCCGUAGCCUGCGCCUGGGGGCUGUGUUCCCCAGAGCACCUGCUGCUACCACAGCCCCGGCCGACGGGCCUCCUGCCAAGCCUGGCUCACACAUGCUGCGCCCCCGAAGCUUCCCAUCCCCCACCAAGUGUCUCCGCUGUACCUCGAUGAUGCUGGGCCUGAGCCGCCAGGGCCUGGGCUGCGACGCCUGCGGCUACUUCUGUCACUCAACUUGUGCCCCCCAGGCCCCACCCUGCCCCGUACCCCCUGACCUCCUCCGCACAGGCCUGGGAGUGCACCCUGAAACGGGCACGGGCACAGCCUACGAGGGCUUCUUGUCGGUGCCACGGCCCUCGGGCGUCCGGCGGGGCUGGCAGCGAGUGUUCGCCGCUCUCAGCGACUCGCGCCUGCUGCUGUUCGAUGCCCCCGAGCCUCGGCUCAGCCCAACCAGCGGGGCCCUCCUGCAGGCACUGGAUCUGAGGGACCCCCAGUUCUCAGCCACCCCGGUCCUGGCCUCUGAUGUCAUCCACGCCCAAUCCAAGGACCUGCCCUGCAUCUUCAGGGUGACAGCCUCCCAGCUGACGGUGCCCCCCACCACAUGCACCGUGCUGCUGCUGGCGGAGAGCGAGGCGGCCCGGGACCGCUGGCUGCGGGUGCUGAGCGAGCUCCAGCAGCUGCUGCAGGACGCGCGGCCGAGGCCCCGGCCAGUGUACGCGCUCAAGGAGGCCUACGACAACGGGCUGCCGCUGCUGUCCAACACGCUCUGCGCGGCCAUCAUUGACCAGGAACGGCUUGCUCUGGGCACCGACGAGGGUCUGUUUGUGAUCCACCUGCACAGCAACGACAUCUUCCAGGUGGGUGAGUGCCGGAAGGUGCAGCGGCUGGCGGUGAGCCCCACUGCGGGCCUCCUGGUUGUGCUGUGUGGCCGUGGCCCCAGUGUGCGCCUCUUCGCCCUGAGUGAGCUGGAGAGCGUGGAGGCAGCUGGCACCAAGAUCCCCGAGUCUCGAGGCUGCCAGGCGCUGGCAGCCGGGCGCAUCCUGCAGGCCCGCACCCCCGUGCUCUGCGUAGCCGUCAAGCGCCAGGUGCUCUGCUACCAGCUGGGCCCCAGGCCCGGGCCCUGGCAGCGCCGCAUCCGCGAGCUGCAGGCCCCCGCACCUGUGCAGAGCCUGGGGCUGCUGGGCGACCGGCUGUGCGUGGGUGCGGCCGGUGCCUUCUCGCUGUACCCGCUGCUCAACGAGGCUGCGCCCGUGGCCCUGGGCGCUGGCCUGGUGCCCGAGGACCUGCCACCAUCCCGUGGGGGCCUGGGGGAGGCGCUGGGAGCCGUAGAGCUCAGCCUGAGUGAGUUCCUGCUGCUCUUCACCACUGCCGGCGUCUACGUGGACAGCGCUGGACGCAAGUCUCGCAUUCAAGAGCUGCUGUGGCCGACGGUGCCCACAGGCUGGGGGUACACAGCCCCCUACCUGACAGUGUUCAGCGAGAACGCCAUGGAUGUGUUUGAUGUGAGGAGAGCAGAAUGGGUCCAGACGGUGCCCCUCAAGAAGGUGCGACCCCUGAACCCAGAGGGCUCCCUGUUCCUCCAUGGCACCGAGAAGGUCCGCCUGACCUACCUCAGGAACCGGCUGUCAGAGAAGGACGAGUUCGACAUCCCCGACCUCACGGACAACAGCCGGCGCCAGCUGUUUCGCAGCAAGAGCAAGCGCCGCUUCUUCUUCCGCGUGUCAGAGGAGCAGCGGCAGCAGCAGCGCAGGGAGAUGCUGAAGGACCCUUUUGUUCGCUCCAAGCUCAUCUCAUCGCCCACCAACUUCAACCACCUGGUGCACAUGGGCCCUGCUGACGGGAGGCCCAGCAUCAGGGCCCUGUCCCCGGCUCGCGAAGAGAAUGGCCGAGGUGCCCGCGGCUCUGGCCCGCAGCGACCCCACAGCUUCUCCGAGGCCCCGCGGCGCCCAGCCUCCAUGGGCAGCGAAGGGCUGGCUGCAGCCGCGGACCCCAUGAAGCGGAAACCGUGGACAUCUCUCUCCAGCGAGUCUGUGUCGAGUCCCCAGGGAUCGCUGAGCCCUGCCGCCUCCCUGACACAGGUCUCAGAACGGCCCCGGAGUCUCCCUCCAGCCCCUGAAUCAGAGAGCUCCCCUUGACACGCUCCGGCAGGGCCCACCCUGAUCCCAGGACAGAGAGACGUGAAGGAGCAAAGAGCCUGAGGAAUGCUACGCUCCGGCUGGUCCGGGACAUGUGAAAAUUUGGACUCAGGGGGGCAGUGGCUGGGAGGUUUCCCUGGGCUCUUAGGGUUCUGGGGUUCUGACUUCCAGCCCUCAUCCCACCUUUCCAGUCUGCCCUUAGCCCCAACCUGGGAAAGCCUCUGAAAGUAGAAUGGCCCCCCUUUUGCCCGGGGCGCCCCUCUGUCCUGGGGUGAUUGUGCCAAAGUUCUUAUUUCCAGUGCCAAGUCCCAGGAGGCUUAAGAGUCAAGAUGAGGGAUGAAGAAGGGCUGGGUCCCUGGGGGACCAUCUGGGUCUUGGCUCUGGACUGUUCAGCCCUAGGUGAGGCCACGUCUCUGCUCAGGGGCAGGUGGGAAUGCAGGUGCUGAUCCAGAGGAAGGGAGACUAGAGAAGCAGGGGGAGGGAUGUCGGUGAAGGAGAUGGGGAAGAGGCUGAGAGAGGAGAGGAAGUGGAGAAGCAGGUGAGACUGGUGGGAAGCAAGUGGAAGCAGCCAAAGGAGGAGAGGGAGGAGGGAGAGGGCAGAGGAAGAGCAGGAGAGGGGGCUGGGAAGAGAACUCUGGCAGGGUCCUCUCUGGGGAGGAGCUGGUGGGCUGGGCACGGAGGAAUCCUUGAAGCAGCUGACUGUCAUCGAGCUGCCCCGCCCUGCCCCGGGGAGGUGAUUCCUAGACAGGGAGGGGAUGGGAGGGUAUUUAUAAGGGCUACUUGGUGGGAGACAGGCACCGGUGGGGACCACUGGGGGGUCUCCAGGCACACUCUGGCCCUUCCCCCAAAAGGGGAAGGUCCUUUUUCUCAAAGCUUCAACCAGCUAUGUAUUAGGGGAUGAUAGGGGGGCAUUUUAUUAUUGAUCACAGUCAUUAUUGUUAUUAUAUUACUAUUUUUAUUAAACUUCCCCCUACCGAUGAGUAGAGGGCAAAAUAAGUAUUUAUCUCCUCAAAUGCCACAUUCCCAGGAGGGAACUUGAUGCUCUGUGAGGCAGAAAGAAACCAAUAAAGAUCACUUUGUAAA